AUGUGGAAGAACCUUGUGAAGAACGUAGCCGAUUUUGCUGCCGAGGCGGCCAAGGAGCUGAGGGAAGAAGCGAUCCGCGAGGCCGGCGAGGCGAGCCAGCAGCAGCAGGAGCCGCCCCGGACAGAGAACGAGGGAGAGCAGCUCCAGCAAGAGAAGCAGCAGCAGCCAGAGAGCGAGGAGGGACAGGAGGGAGAGCAACAAGAGCAGCAGCAGCAGCAGCAGCAGCAACAGCAGCAACAGCAGGAGCAGGGGGAUGCACGGCGUUGGCAGGAGCAGCAGCAGCAGCAGGAGCAUGACGAGCGCAUGGCAUGGCAGCAGCAGCAGCAGCAGUCAGAGCACCGGGUUUCUGCACAUCUGCAAGAUGCACAACACGAACAUCAGCAGCCAAAGAGCUGGCAGCAGCAGGAGCAGGAGCAGGAGCAGGAGCAAGAGCAGGAGCAGCAGGAAGUGGAUGCAGCUAGGCAGUGGUUUCACGAGCCACGCGAGAAAGGAGACAGUCUGCGCUCGCACCAGCAGCAGAAGGGAGAGUGGGGCCUAGAACUGCAACAAAAGCAGGAAGCAGAGGAGGAAGAGCAGCAGCAGCAGCAGCAACAGCAACAGCAGCAGCGGCAGGAGGGGGCGGUACAGGGGCGUCUGGACCACGAGCAGCAGCUGCAGCAGCACGAGUCCGAGACACAAGAACGGCCGUUCCAGCCCCACCUGCUCAAGGAGCAGACGGCCGAGGAGGAUGCUGCGGACCCACUGCAUCAGACCUGGGUCGAUGCAGCUGUGCCUGCAGACAUUUUCGGCGGCGCCAAUCCCUCGCCCAUCACCACGCCCCCUGCGUCGCACUUCAACACUCCAACACAAACCGAAGGAGCCAAUGAUUGCUCAGCGUCCUCCGCGGGCAUCGCGCCCUUGGCUGCAGCAGCAGCAGCAGCGGCAGCAGCAGCAGCAGCAGUACCGCCAGGAUCAGGGGCUUGGGGCCAGGAUGUCGGGGAGGUCAUUAGCGUCGAAAAGCAACCCCCGUCGGUGCAGCAUCUGGAGUCUCCUGAGGAGCAGUACCAGCAAAAUUAUCAUCAGCAGCAGGAGCAGCAGCACGAGCAUGAGCAGGAGCAACAGGAGCAGGAGCAGCAGCAGGAGCAAACCCAGCAGGAGCACGAGCAGCAGCAGGAGCAGCAGCAGGAGCAGCAGCAGGAGCAGGAGCAGGAGCAGGAGCUCCAGCCAGAUUGGGCAGCGGCGCGCGCCGCAUCCUCGCACGACGCAACAGACGACCUCGCCUCCCUGAAGACACGGCUGCGUGGCACGGAGGCCGAGCUGCAGAGCGUCCGCGCAGACUAUGAGCGCGCGCGCGCCCAGCUAGACGCGCUGGCGCGCGAGGGCGCGGAGCGCGAGCGCCGCCUCGCGUCCGAGUCGGCCGCGGCAGCAGCGGCCACCGCGGCGGCCGCGGCCGCGUCCGAGGCCGAGGCCGAGGCGCGGCGGCGGCUGCAGCAGCAGGCGGCGCAGCAGGAGGCGGCAUACGGGGAGUUGGUGGGGGCGUACGAGCGGCUGAAAGAGAUGCUGCAGGCGUCGAUGGCGCAGAGGGUCGAACUGCAUGAGAAGGCGGCCGCGCUGGAGGAGGCGCUCGGGCGGGCGCAGGAGUCCGUACAGCAGCAGAGCCGCCAGGCCAGCGCUGCCCAGGCGCAGGUCGCCGACCUGCAGCAGCAGCUCGCUGCUGCACAGUCCGCCGCCGCCGCACAGUCCGACGCGGCCGCAGCACAGUCCACCGCCGCCGCCGCAGCAGCCGCCGCCGCCGCGGCGCAGGCCCAGCACGACGCACGCGACGCGGCCACGCGCGUGGCGGCCGCGGAGCGGCGCGCGGGCGCCGCCGAGGCGGAGGCGGCGGCGCUGCGGGACGCGGCGCAAGCGGCGGCGCGGCGCGCGCAGCAAGCUGAGCUGGAGCGGGGGGCGAGCGCCGUGGAGGUCGACGGGCGCUUGGCGCAGGCGCACGCGGAGGUGACCCAAGCGGAGCGGCGCGCGGACGAGGCGGAGGCGCGCGCGGCGGCGGCGGACGCGGCGCGCUCGGCGUCCGAGGCGGGGCGGGCGGCGUCCGAGGCGGAGCUGCAGCGGGCGCGGGAGGAAGGGGCGGCGGCGAGAGAGCUGGCAGAAUCCAGCCAGGCCAAGGCGCGCGCCGCGGGCGAAGCUCUUGAGAAGCUGCGCGCCGACGGCGAGCGCCGCGCGCGCGCGUUUAAAGACGCGCUCGGCGCCGCGGCCGCCAAGGCGCGGGGGGAGCUGGAGGGUGAAAUUGAGAGCUUGGGCCGGCAGCUUGAGGAGUCGCGAGAGGCGCUGGCCACGGCGCGCCGCACGGCGGCCGCCGCGCGCGACGAGGCCGCCGCGGCGGGCGAGGAGGCUCAGUCUGAGGCGGAGCAGCGGCUGGCCGACGCCGAGGCGCGGGCGGCACGCACUCAUGAGGCGUCUGCGGCGCUGCAGCAGCGGAUCGCGGAGGCGGAGCAGCGCGCCGCAGCGGCUGCGGCGCGCGCGGCCGCGCUGGACGCCGCGCUGGACGCCGCGCUGACAGCGCUGCGCGCAGAGCGCGCGGCGCCCCUGGACGCCGCGGGCGAUGCGUACCACGAGGCCAUCGAGGCGUCACCGCGUGACCACCUUGCGUGGUACCGCCUGCGGCAGACGCGCGACCGCGGCGCGGUGCUGGUGGCGGUGCUGGUGCUUGAGACGGGCGCACCCGCGGCCGCAGCGGCGGGGCUGCUAGGGCGCGCGAGGGCCAACAUGGCCAUGGCGGCAGUGCGGCUGCGGCGGGACGCGCAGCGGUGGUGA